GUGCCCUUGUUGUGGUGGUGGUGUGGAGACCAUGGAUGUGGGGAUUCUGGGGGCAACGAAGUUUGCUUUUGCUCGUGGGGGAAAUAAAUCGCCUAGUGGAUGGAUUGUGCGAUUGAUCGCUUGAAUUGCGAGCAUUCGGAGCUGUUGCUGCCCCUUUGAGGAGAAUUGUGGUGCAAUCGUGUGUGGCGUCCGAGAAUUUUCUACGCCAUACUUCUGCUUACGAAAACAUGCUGUAGUGGCUCCCAAUUUUGGAACUUGAAGAUCGCUAAACGUGAAUUAGAGGCCUUGACGUGAGCUUUACAAAUAUCAAGAAAUGUGGAUGUAUUUGAAGCUCACAGGCACCUUCCGAUAUACUAGAAACGCAUGUGCUACAGGGGACAGUUAGCACCAUAUUUGCCAUCCCAGGAGAAGGUGCAGUGGCUAACGCAGCCGCCAUAACACAUUGCGAAGCGUGCUCCUAGUUAAUAUGAAGAAAGUUUGUGAAGAGUGCCGCAGAAACUGCUUGAGGCUGCAUGGGGCGGAAGAGGAUGAUGUGCAUCCUAAUCUAUUAUGUACCCCAGGAGGGUCCGAAGCAGACAAAAAUGUCCAAACUGAUCGCCAUCCAUCAUUCCUGAAGACUAUGACAGAGAGUACUAUAGACACCUUGAAGUUACCAAGGUCUUUCUUAUUGGAUAAUUCGGGAAGACUUAGUGACAGUGUCAUCCUGGAGGGACCUUGCAGGGAGCAAUGGAGAGUAGAGUUGCAUGGUUAUGGUCAAAGCUUCAACGUCAGCUUUGGACAAGGUUGGAGUAAGUUUGUGGUGGAUCAUGUACUACAAGUUGGAGAUCACCUCGUUUUUUUCCUCUUACAAAAGUCUUAUUUCCAAGUGGAGGUAUAUGAUGGAUUUGGUGUUCAGAAAAGGAGUGCCCUUGAUGCCGUAAAUACUCCCUUGAAAACAAAUACCAAGAACGUCGACGUUGUCCAACAAAGCCUUGACCUAGACCAUGGAGUGGUUCAGACCGAGCAGAAGAAGCCUGAGAGUGCCACUCAGCCUGAGAAUGCCGCACAGCCUCUUAUCGAUUUGAUACAGUCGAGUGAGUCAGAGUCAAUGUUAAUGAGUGCGCGGAAAAUUGACAUGAUAAUAGCUGAGGCAUUAAGAUCUGAAGACUCAGGGCAUCCAAUAAUGAAGUCGCCGGAAGUUGAGAAGCGAAAGGUCUUGCCCCCACAUGUGUUGGUCAAUGGAACUGUCACAUCCAAACGGCGCCCCGUAACAGAGUUGGAGAAAGCAAGGGCUCUUCAGGCAGCGAGUUCUCUCGAACUUGUUAAACCCAACGUUUUGGUGGUGAUGACCAAAAGUCAUGUAUAUAGAGGUUUUCUUCUCAGUAUCCCUAAGCGGUUUUCGAAGGAUUGGCUGCCUUCAGAAACCAAGGAGGUUACCCUCACCAAUAAGAGCGGACACACAUGGCCUGCAAAAUGGCUUGCCUCGCAAGGAGGUUUAAGUGCGGGAUGGAGACGGUUUUCUCUUGACCAUCGUCUAGAAGAGCAUGACGUGUGUGUGUUGGAAUUGGUUGACAAGGCGAACCUUGUGCUGCUUGUUCAUAUUUUCCGAGUAUUAGGCAGUCCAGAAGAAGAUGAAGGACUCUACUUCCCUACUAACUCAGCCGUAAAAGCCUUUGAUGGUAAACGGAACAUCAGUAACUCCCCCCAAGUCCACGACGACCACAAAGGUGUUUCUCCUUACGGAAAUGGCUCAGAAAGUGAUAAAAAGGGCUCUGAACAUUCCUCGCGCGGCUCUGAUGGCCUAAAUGAUAAAAGCACCUCGGAACCAGAUAAGAUGACGAAUAGCCUAAAGCGCAAAAUCUGUGUUCUUGGAUUAGAAGCCUUACCUGACAAGACGAAAGCGUUGGGCGAUCAAAGUCAUCGGGAAACAGGCACCGCUGCCAUUCAUGAUGUCCAGGCAGCUGAACCUGACUUGGGCGUGAGAACUAGAGAUCCAUGUGGUGCAGAGCUCCGUCCAACUGCUGCACGGCAGGACUUGGUAGACUUUCGAUCCACACUUAUGAAAUUGACUAAGGAUUUGUUGGUAAAGAAUGGUGUAGGAAGUAUCGUCCCUGCUAAAGGUGUCCUUCCUGGGAAUCCUGCUGCAAAUGCUGAUGAUGUACAUGAGCAGCUCACAAAUUUUGUAGAUUUUCCAACAACUAAGAGGCAGCACACUUUACCGAGCGUUAGUCAAGAAGGGGACGGAAAAGACCAGAGUGGCGAGGAUAAUGCGAACCUAGCAGAUGCUCCAAUUCCUGAGCAGCAUACUCCGAGUGUUCGUCAUGAAAGACCGAGGAAAGAACUAGGCCAAGAGUAUAAAGUUGUACACAUCUACAAAGGACGAAGUGUAGGGACUAGUACCGAGUUCCUUGCAGAACUGGAGGGAUAUUCAGAGAGCAUUGUUUCUAAACUGCCCAGGGAUGACGAUACAGGGUUCUUGUGGGUUCCAAGUAAUCAGUUUUCAUGGGAUAUGCAAACUUGCUGCAUCGAGUGAUAGGACAGCGAAUCCGUCUUUUCGUGAACGUGGUUAAAUAUAUCACACUAGAUGGAACGAAUCUCUACCCAUCUAUUGCGGGUUUCCUACGUGCUGCAUUUUUGAAGUGUGAGCAAUUCUUCGAAUCUGCCGCUGCAUGCCCCAGGUUCGGAUUUUCACAGCAAAUAUAGACAUCUGGGAGCUAUGUCGAUGACCCAAUUGAAACUACAGCAUUACAAGAAACUGGAUUAACAGGAUCAUGAACUAAGAGAAACGAAAUGAAGGGCUCUUGUGUCUUACCACCUUCAUUCCAUCUGCAACGUCAAUGCCCUCCUGUGCGUCAGAAAUGGGUCCAUAGCACUAAACAUCGGUGAUCGCUCCAAGUCACUGUUAACUGAUGUUUACCGUUGCGUCCAUUUCAGUUCUUCUCCGCCAUUUGGAAUGACACAAGCUAGAUUUCUAAUGCGACUACUGAGAUCACAAUCUACUCUG